AUGACAUUAAGCUUUUCGUCCUUCUUUAUCAAAGACAUCCUCACUACAGGACGCGCAGAACGGGGGAAACCUGGUGGCACCCGGAAUACAGGGGAGCUCUACGCGCCAACGCGCAACAUCUGCACCGGGCAUGGAGGGACAGGAGUCCUUGAUUUAUCUCUCCAAGACGUGGAUAAAAACCGCAUCCGCCCGCAGAGACCUUUUCCUGAACUCAGUGUGUCUGUUGGGAACCUUAAAUGUGAUACAUCCAGCGAGGAGUCCACAGAAGAGGAGACUGAGCACAGAGACGAUGGUGCAGACCGCCAACCACAUUGCGUUCAGCGAGAUAAACUGCAGGAACAAGGGGUUGAAGAGGAGGGAUAUCACAGCAGAGAGACGGUCAGCUGCUCCACUGAAGAGCGGCAGUCUCGGUCAGGUACCAAGAAGCGCUCCAGAGCGGCCUUCUCUCACGCACAGGUCUACGAGCUGGAGCGCCGCUUCAAUACACAGCGGUACCUCUCAGGUCCAGAACGGGCCGAUCUGGCAGGGACGCUGAAACUCACAGAGACCCAGGUGAAAAUCUGGUUUCAGAACCGGAGAUAUAAAACCAAACGGCGGCAGGUGGCUGCAGAGUUGGCGGCGUGCAGUUCACCAAAGAAAGUAGCAGUCAAAGUGCUGGUGAGGGACGAUCAAAAGCAGUACCAGCAGGCGAAUGGAGUACACAUCCCAGUGACUGUACCGCUGUACCAGGCCUACCAGUACUACCCAUACAUGCACUGCUGCUGCCAGCCCUGCAGCAUGAACAGCGUGGCCCGUGGAGGAAUGCUCUGA